UAUUUAUACGAUGCACGAGUCUUUCAAAAGCAUUCCCUGGCAUAAGCGGACCCGAGAGCAGUUUGCCUUUGUAAGCCAUGACCGCAAUAGCUGUUUUUGGUAUUAUCAUCGCUGUUGUUAGUGCAGAAAACCCAGCCUCGACCUACUACAGAGGAGGGUGUGGCGGUACGAUAACUGGUGCAUCCGGGACAUUCUCCAGUCCCAAUUUCCCUAGCAACUACCCUGACAACGCUAUGUGCGAGUGGACUAUCACUGCCCCAGUAGGAACCUCGCGUAUCGACAUCGCAUUUCCAGCUUUCGACGUGGAAUGGGGGCCAUCAUGCGAUUGGGAUUAUCUUACCGUGAAGGAUAAGGCAGGAAACCAAGUCGGUGACAAGAUAUGUGGCCGACCUUACGCUCUUAAACUCUCCGUCCCAGGGGACAUUGCAGUAGUGGGUUUUGUCUCGGAUGGGUCUGGUAACGAAAAGGGCUUCCAGUUGCAGUACGCCGCGAUGGCCCCACCCAAGCCGAAAUCCAUGGGAGACUGUGAUUUCGAUGAAGGUCUAUGCAAGGACUGGGAAAACCUGGAUAACAAGUUUGACCAGUUUGACUGGUCCCCCGGAAGAGGCAGCACCCCAACAGCUCUUACUGGUCCGACCGCUGACCACUCAGGAAAAGGUCAAUACGCGUACAUCGAGGCAACUGGUCAGCGGCAAGGAAGCACCGCAAGGCUUGCCACACCCUUGAUUCCAGGCCCUCGCUGCCUCAAGUUCUUUUUUUAUCAGUAUGGGAUCGCCGGUAUGGGUAGACUCAGGGUAUACGUGGUAACUAAUGGCAACCAAAGGUUGGCCAUGAGUCUCGAGGGUAGCCAAGGCAACCAAUGGAAAGCUGCAACAAUUCAAAUUGACGAGACUGUACCGUACAAGGUCGUGUUCGAAGGAACUGUGGGACAGUCAGACUACUCCGAUAUCGCUAUCGAUGACGUCACAUUUUCCAAGGACAAGUGUCCAUCAACAGGAUCAGAGUGCGGUGGGAUAUUGACCAGUAAGUCCGGGACCUUUAGCUAUCCCCAGUCCUCCAGCGUCUAUCCCAACAAUGCUCGCUGCAUGUGGACCAUCCGCCCCUCGACCCAGACCUCGCUCGUUGUCAUCAAGUUCAACUCCUUCGAUGUUGAACAGGAGUACAGAUGCAGAGACGACUACGUUGUCGUCAGUGACUCUAAGGGGAACCCUGUAGUGCAACCGAGAUUUUGUGGAGUUUACCCAGAGGGCUUCGGGCUAAAGGUGCAAGGGAAUGAAGCCCAAAUAUAUUUCCAUAGCAACGAGCACUUGGGGAGAAAGGGCUUCAAUGUGAGCUAUGCAGUAUUAGCAGAAUCCUCUGCAGAUGACUGUGAUUUUGACGCUGGUCUGUGUUCAAUGUGGUUCAACUCGAAAUCCGACGAUUUUGAUUGGUCGAUCGGUGGUGGCCACACCCGCAGCUUCUUUACAGGACCUCGUCGCGGGGAUGUUUACGCAUUGGGCAAAUAUGCGUUUAUCGAAGCCAGCCACCGCAGACCCAAUGAUCGAGCAGUACUGGUCAGCGGUGUAAUGACCGGAGAGAGGUGUUUAUUGUUCUCCUACAACAUGCGCGGGAGGAUGAUGGGAACUCUGGAGGUACUGGUGACGAGUGGACAGGGUACCCGCAAGGUUUGGCAGGCAGCGGGAGAUCACGGGUAUAAAUGGUACCAAGGCAACGUUUCCAUCAAAGAGACUGGGACCUACCAGGUUAUGUUUGUGGGGAUUGUCGGAUAUGGCUUUACAAGUGACAUCGCACUUGACGAGAUUGCUUUCAAAAACGGAGCAUGCGCACCAGAUCCAGGCUGCGACAGAGUACUUACAGGUGCAACAGGCGAAAUCACAAGUCCAAAUUAUCCUUCCCCCUACCCCCCUGGUGUGGACUGUACUUGGACUGUCAUCCCUCCCCCACAGUAUGAUAACGUCGCCAUCACUAUCCACGACAUGGAUAUUGAGAAUACGCCACAAUGCAGCAAGGACUACUUGGUAAUCGAAGAUAUCACGGGGACGCGGGUCGAGCACAAGCUGUGUGGUGAUGAGGGCAAGGUGAACAAGACCAUCGCACUGAGCUGGCACCAGGGAAUGCUGCAAUUCCGCUCAGACGCGGAUGGGAAUGGCCGAGGAUUCAGGGCGACGUACAAGGCACUGGGAUCCACCCCAACAUGCGGUGGCCAACUAUCAGGGUAUACCGGAGACAUCAAGACCCCACAUUACCCAGCCAGCUAUCCACCUAGAGAGAUUUGUGACUGGGAGAUUACAGGACCUCCUGGGACCACCAAGCUUGACAUUCAGUUCGAAGACUUCGCCAUCGAUGACGCCCCAGUCACGUGCUUUUAUAACUAUCUGGCCGUGUACGACGCGCAACACGGAAAAGAGGUCGGGCGCUACUGUGGCUUGACCAAACCGCUGCCCAUAGUGAUCGAAGGCAACGUUGCAAAUCUCCGAUUUCAUUCGUCACAUAUUGGAGGGUCACGUGGCUUUCACGCGCACUUCACUGCAAAGUAGUGCGUGGCGAUCAUGUGAUUGUCACAUGGUCGUGUUAGAUUCUUGAGUGAGCGAUGGAACACAUUGCAAAUCAAUAGCAAUUCAACGGUAAUAGGUGCUUAUCUCGGAGAGUUUUAAAUGCUUUUUGUUUUAAAAUUGUCGUUUGCUUAUGUUCAUUUUUAACCCACCUUUGCUCAUGAUAUUAAAUCAUUUCAACUAAAACCUGCAAACUAUUGUCCUUUAAAACCUUUCAUAUAUAAACUAACAUUCAUUUAUGCUAUAGUGGUGUCUUGUUUGGACCAGCGCGAGACUGGAAAACUGAUUAUGGGUUUCAAAAGAAGGUUUAAAAUAAGAUGAGUAUGCCAUGAAAUGGUGAUGAUGAGCUUGGCAGAAACUGGAUUUGACUUGACAUGUACAUGAUUAAAGGACUUGACAGUUAAUUCGAUUACUGUGUGAGACAAUAAAGCAUGCAAAGGAGGUA